UGUCGACGUUAUGGGCGCAGUGUUUUCGCGACGAUAAUUUUCACGUGAUAACCGAGAAAACGCGCAGAAACGCGACAAUAUGACGAUGUGAGAAUCUCACGCUUUUGGCGAGUAAUAAGUUUUUCUUGUGACAUUAUUACGUGCUUCGCUGAAAUGCCGGACGAAGCAGAGGAGAACUUUUGCAAGAAAAUGGCAAAUGCCACCAAAUUAAUACACCACCGCAGUGAUGGCUUGGUAAAGUCGAAAUUAUUUUUCGGGGCUUUCAAUGAUGCUGUAUGGGCUGAUGGGCUUCUAGUUUUCUACGAGAUCUUUCGUUACUUAGAUGGUGCAAUGAUUAGAUUAAGGAACACCAAAAUUGGAUUGCUUCCAUUCAGUGAACUUCAACGCACAGAAGCUUUUGAGCGAGAUCUCGAUCAUUAUUUGGGAAAGGAAUGGAGGAAGAACUAUACUCCUAGGGAAAGCGUUGCCAAGUAUUUGAUGCGUUUGAGAGAAGUGGAAGACACGGAUCCCACUCUAUUAAUGGCAUAUAUAUACCAUCUGUACAUGGGCCUUCUCAGCGGCGGUAUUAUUUUGCGCAAAAAGCGAGAAUUAGCCAAAAGGAUCGCGCCUUUUAUAGAUGAAUCAUCGAGUAAGGGCCAUGAUGUCACAGACUUUGGACAAAGUAGUAUAUCUCAAUUAAAACAGGACUUGCGAGAAUCAAUGAACAGAAUCGCAGAGACAUUGGAUGAAGACACAAAAAAUAAACUUAUCGAAGAAAGUAAAAUAGUCUUUGAAUUGAAUAACGAAAUUAUCAAAAGUAUACAGACGGGCCAUCACACCUUGGAAAAAAUAUUUGCUCUUAUUAACCGUUGUACUACUAUUGUGGUAUUGGUCUCUAUCCUAAUAAUUGCCCUUUAUUUUCUCUUUAACCCUUUCGCUACGACAGUGCCGGCUGCGCUGUAGCGAUUAUAGUGAACGGCAAUGUAGGCCGCCUAGCAUUACGCAUCUGAGCAAUAGGAUGCAAGAUACGUUCUUUACUUCACUGUUUUAACUCCGAUUAAGAUGACGACUAUAGUCGGCGUUAGGAGCGAAAGGGUUAAAUGCAUUAUAUAUUAAUAGACGUUAAUUUAAUUAAUAUUAUUUAACGUCAAUUUGUUAUAAAUAUAUAUAAAUAUAUAACAGAUCUUUGUUCGGCGAACAGUGCUGAUAUCAAAACCAAAAUGUACAAUAUCAUGUUAUUUAUGCGCUGUAAUAAUUUUUUUAUAGUUAUAAAUGAAUUAUUUACCAUUA